AUCAUGUCAAUAGGAUCACAUUCAUUCUCUCCAGGAGGUCCUAAUGGGAUUAUUAGAAGCCAGUCUUUUGCUGGCUUCAGCGGGCUUCAGGAGAGGCGCUCCAGGUGUAACUCCUUUAUUGAAAAUUCCUCUGCACUCAAGAAGCCCCAAGCAAAGGUGAAGAAAAUGCAUAAUUUGGGCCAUAAGAACAGCACCACGCCCAAAGAGCCCCAGCCUAAAAGGAUGGAAGAGGUCUACCGAGCCCUGAAGAGUGGCCUGGAUGAGUAUCUGGAAGUUCACCAGACAGAGCUGGAUAAGUUGACUACACAGUUAAAAGACAUGAAAAGAAACUCACGCCUGGGAGUCCUGUACGAUUUGGAUAAGCAAAUCAAAGCGGUCGAAAGAUACAUGAGAAGGCUGGAGUUCCACAUUAGCAAGGUGGAUGAGCUUUAUGAAGCUUAUUGUAUCCAAAGACGUCUCUGUGAUGGUGCCAGCAAAAUGAAGCAAGCCUUUGCAAUGUCUCCUGCCAGCAAAGCAGCUCGGGAGAGUUUAACUGAAAUCAACAGGAGUUACAAGGAGUACACAGAGAACAUGUGUACCAUAGAAGCAGAGCUGGAAAACCUAUUGGGGGAGUUUUGCAUCAAGAUGAAAGGUCUGGCUGGCUUCGCUCGGCUCUGCCCAGGAGAUCAAUAUGAGAUUUUCAUGCGUUACGGUCGCCAGCGUUGGAAACUGAAAGGCAAAAUAGAAGUGAAUGGCAAGCAAAGCUGGGAUGGGGAAGAAAUGGUUUUCCUCCCUCUCAUUGUUGGACUGAUUUCCAUUAAGGUCACAGAAGUUAAAGGACUUGCUACUCACAUCCUUGUGGGAAGUGUUACCUGUGAGACGAAAGACCUGUUUGCAGCUCGGCCUCAGGUGGUUGCAGUAGACAUUAACGACCUUGGCACAAUAAAGCUGAACCUUGAAAUCACCUGGUACCCCUUUGAUGUUGAAGACUUGACCCCAACCGCAGGAAAUGUGAGCAAGGCAUCUGCUCUCCAGAGGAGAAUGUCCAUGUACAGCCAAGGCACUCCUGAAACACCAACCUUCAAGGACCACUCAUUCUUUAAAUGGCUGCAUCCCCUGCAAGACAGGCCAAAGUUGGCAAUCUUAGAUGCUCUGCAAGACACUUUCUUUGACAAGCUUCGUCGCAGUCGCUCUUUUAGUGACCUGCCAUCGCUCAGGCUAAGCCCAAAGCUAGAGCUAUAUUCGAAUUUGCCAGAUGAUGUCUUCGAAAAUGGAACGGCGACCACCGAGAAGCGGCCUCUUUCUUUCACUUUUGGCGACCUGCCUUACGAAGAGCGCGUGCCCCCUGCCAACUCAGCAGAGCCCUCUUCUGCUCACGUCAGCUCCAGCCCCGACAUCACUGCGACCCCCACCCAGCACCGAGCUCUCGACUCCUCCAAGAGCUCGAGCCUGGACUGUAGCAGCAGUGACUCCCGCAGGGACUCUGUCGCUGAGCCGAAGGACCUGCCAUCCCAGGGAGAGGGGGCAGUGAUUGAGAACAAGACCACCCCAGGGGCAGCUCCUGAAGUUUACCGAAAGACCUCUGACGCUGGGAGCGAUCGUGUCUUCAUAGAAACAAGUGUCCCAGUGUCUCUCCUGCAGGACACGGAUGAAGGUUCAGAGCUCAAGCCUGUGGAGCUGGAUACCUAUGAGGGCAACAUCACAAAGCAGCUGGUAAAAAGGCUUACAUCAGCUGAGGCACCCAUGACCCCAGAGAGGCUGCUGUGCGAGGGGUCGAUUAGUGGGGAAUCAGAAGGAUACAAGUCUUAUCUGGAUGGGAGCAUUGAAGAAGCCUUGCAAGGGCUUCUCUUAGCUCUUGAGCCACAUAAAGAGCAGUAUAAAGAGUUUCAGGACCUGGACCAAGAAGUGAUGCAUCUAGAUGACAUCCUAAAAUGCAAGCCAGCAGUAAGCCGAAGCAGGUCCUCCAGUUUAAGUCUAACAGUUGAAAGUGCUUUAGAAAGCUUUGAUUUCCUGAACACCUCUGACUUUGAUGAUGAGGAUGGUGGUGGUGUGGAGGUUUGUAAUGGUGGAGGAGGUGCAGACUCAGUAUUUUCAGAUACUGAGAUUGAGAAGAAUAGUUACAGGACGGAGCACCCGGAAGCCAGAGGCCACCUGAGCGAAGCUCUGACCGAGGACACGGGCGUGGGCACCAGCGUGGCCGGCCCGCUGACCACGGGCAACGACAGCCUCGACAUCACCAUAGUUAAGCACCUGCAGUACUGCACGCAGCUCAUUCAGCAAAUUGUGUUCUCCAGUAAAACACCUUUUGUGGCAAGAGACCUCCUGGAUAAGCUGUCCAGGCAGAUCCUCGUGAUGGAGAAUAUUGCAGAGAUCAGCACUGAGAACCUGGGAAACAUCACCUCCCUUACUGAUGCAAUCCCAGAGUUCCACAAGAAGCUGUCAUUGCUGGCUUUCUGGAUGAAGUGUACUGGCCCUUCAGGAGUGUAUCACACAUCUGCAGACAAGAUGAUGAAGCAGUUGGAUAUCAAUUUUGCCACCACUGUGAAUGAGGAGUGUCCAGGACUUGCAGAAACAGUCUUCAGGAUCCUGGUGUCUCAGAUCUUGGACCGAACGGAGCCUGUCCUCUACUCCAGCAUGUCCUCUGAGAUCAUUACUGUCUUUCAGUAUUACAACUAUUUUGCCAGUCACAGUGUUAAUGACCUUGGAAGCUACUUGCUGCAGCUCGCAAAAGAAGCCUCUGUGGUUCAGGUGCUGCAGUCAGUGAAAGAUGGAAAACUGCAGCAAAACGUGGCCAAAAUAAACUCCAGUAACCUUCCACCACAGCAAGAAGUAUUGAGAGCUUUGGCUUUACUCCUCAAUGAAAAUAAAAAUGAAGUGAGUGAGACUGUGGCAUCACUUCUGACAGCUACUGCAGAAAACAGGCACUUCAGGGAGAAGGCCUUGAUUUAUUACUGUGAAGCACUAACCCAGCCCAACCUCCAGCUGCAGAAAGCAGCUUGCUUGGCUUUAAGGUACCUGAAGGCUACUGAGAGUAUUAAAAUGCUGGUCACACUCUGUCAGUCUGACAAUGAAGAGAUCAGAAAAGUGGCAUCCGAAACGCUGCUCGCCCUUGGUGAAGAUGGGAGACUGGCAUAUGAACAGCUGGACAAAUUUCCCCGGGAAUUUGUUAGAGUUGGAAGCCGCCGUGGAACCGAAACUGCCACAGCUUUUUAGGUGGAAAAGCACCUGCCUACACGUAACAGGCAUUAAAGUAGGAUGAGGCUGCACUCCAGUGUGGGGAGCAGAAGAAGACUUUGAAGAAUUCUAUGAGAAUGUCCUCAAAUGUAGCAAUUUACAGACCUCUUAAGGAAAAGCAACAUCUAAAAUCCAGCUUAAGGGUUCCUAUUGGCUCCUCUUUGCAGCUCAUGAUGGAACAGCUGGAUGCUGAGGAAGGACACCUUCCUGACCGAUCGAUAACAUAUGAUGUAAUUGCAGUUAUUCAGCCUCAACAAACUUCUGUGAGUUUUUAGAAUUUGGCAUCUUCAUCUGUUUUACUGUUACAUUUACUUCCUUGAAGUUG